GCGACCUUUGGAGAGGCGUUCUAGCGUUGCCAUGGGAACACUUGCCAACAAACAGCAGCUCCUCGAUGUGCAGACUCACCUCCGUGUCAACCGAAAAGAUCCCCAAGAAAAGCCGUCGGAGACUUGUUUGUUGCACACAGGUUUGAAAACUGUUGUGGAAAUCCUCCUGGUUGGCGGCUGGCACGAUGACUCAAAGGCAGAUCGUCCAAGUUUUUGAGCAGUAUAAUAAAUCAAGAAUGCAGUUCGUACAAACAGUUGCAGAUCUGGCUGACCGGCCCCAAAACAUUGAAAUCCUCCAAAGAGCAGGCGUCAUGUCCAUGCUGCGGCCACUGAUGCUGGAUGUGGUUCCUGGCAUCCAGCAGAAAGCGGCCUUGGCCCUGGGACGCCUGGCGGUGCACAACGCUGACCUGGCCGACAAUUUGGUCAAGGAAGACAUCCUGCCGCAGCUCAUCCGCUCGCUUACCAUCCAGAAUAGAUUGUACAAGAAAGCAGCUGCGUUUGUGCUGCGUGCGGUGUCCAAACACUCUCCCGAGCUGGCCCAGGCAGUGGUCGCCAGCGGAGGGGUGGACGCACUCGUUCUGUGCCUGGAGGACUUUGACCCCGGAGUGAAGGAAGCUGCCGCAUUGGCCCUGGGCUUCAUUGCGCGACAUAACGACGCCUUGUCCCAGUCCAUCGUGGAUGCAGGCGCAGUCCCCAUGCUUGUGUUAUGCCUCUUGGAGCCUGAGAUCGCCCUAAAACGCACCGCGGCCUCUGUGCUCAGCGAUAUCUCCAAACACACACCAGAACUGGCCCAAAUUGUUGUGGAAGCUGGCGCCAUUGCACAUUUGGCGCAGAUGAUCCUCAACCCAGACACCAAACUCAGGAGGCAGGUAUUCUCUGCUCUAGGUCAAAUUAGCAAACACUCGGUCUGCCUGGCAGAAAUGGUGAUCGAGGCUGACGUCUUCCCCGCAGCCAUGAUGUGCCUCAGGGAUCCAGACGAGUGUGUGAAAAAUAAUGUCACCAUUCUGAUGAGAGAGGUGGUCAAACAUACUCCUGAGCUGUCCCAGGUCAUCGUAAACUGCGGCGGCACAUCUGAAGUGAUCACCUACCUUGGCGAGUGCCGUGGAAGUCUGAGGUUGCCUGGGAUCAUGAUGCUGGGAUAUGUGGCAGCCCACAGUGAGAACCUGGCUAUGGCUGUCAUUCUCUCCCAAGGAUUGUUGCAGCUGGCUCUUUGUCUGUCGGAGGAGACACAACAUCACAUCAAGGCCGUCACAGCCUGGUGCAUAGGCCAGAUAGGACAUCACACGCCGGUGCAUGCCAAGGCUGUCGCAACCGCCAACCUGUUGCCCAAGUUGCUGCAACUCUACAUGGAUGCCAACAGCUCAGAAGACCUGCAGAACAAAAGUAAGAAAGCUCUGAAGAUGAUCCUACAGAAGUGUACCUUCCUGCCGGCGCUUGAAUCACUCCUCUACGAUGCACCGAGCAACAUCAUCAAACAUGUCGUCUGCCAGUUCAGCAAGGUGCUACCUCAUGACAGUCAGGCUCGCCGUCAAUUCGUGACCAGCGGAGGGUUAAAGAAAGUGCAAGAGAUCCAGGCGGAGCCAGGAUCUGUCCUGCAGGAACACAUUAAUUCCAUCAAUAGCUGCUUCCCAGAGGAGAUAGUCAGGUACUACUCUCCUGGCUACUCAGAGGUGUUGUUGGAACGCUUGGAGAACUUUAAAUUAUCCUGAGACCGCUGGAAUCCCAAUGCAAUGUUACUUUAAUUAUGCUUCAAAUGUUCAGUAUCUCGCUGGAUGUAUUAUGAAUAACAAUGAAGACUACCAUGAAAAUGUCGUAGACCUGCAUGGACAUGACAAUCUUGUAAAUUUAUACCUGUAGAGUAGGAUAAAUGUUAAAUAACAAAUAAAAUGUUGCCAUCAAUUCGCAUUAAUUGAACAACAUUAGAAAUGUUCCCUUCAUGAUGUUUGCAAAGGUUGUGCGGCUUUCAGGCACUGUGAUUAAGCAAUGCAGUGCCUCCAGGCGGUCGGGAUUGCUCAAUGCAGCUCGGGUGCUCUGCGCCAGUGCGCGUGCACAGCAGCUGUGGGACACAUGGCGAGCUGCUCUUUGUCAAUUGUCUCGCAUCCAGAUCCACGCUUGCUCCCCACUUUGUUUCGU